CAUAACAAGUCGGCUCAUAAAAUCGUCGAACAAUUUAUCAUCAACUGUUGAUUCCGACAAACGGAUUUUUAAUAUUGUAACUAAUGUGAUUGUGAAAUGGCGGAGAAAGUGAAAAAGAAGCCACCAUUCUUUACACUGAAGAGAUGGCACAGUCAGAAGCAAAGCGAAGAACACAAUGGUCGGACACCGACUACGCCACAGAUACAAAAUUCGGCGCAAUUUUUCAAGUCAACACCCUCACAAACACGUACACCAAGUACUCCCGCUAUGGAUACUAAGCCUAGAAAAAUAUCCGCAGGAGGGAUAAAGGAAUUAGUACAAUGUCCGCUUUGUUUAGAAGUGUUGCACAAUCCCAAGAUGUUGCCGUGUCAGCAUACAUUUUGCCAGGCGUGUCUCACUGUAUAUGUGGAUGCUGAGCCGAUAAUCGACUGUCCGAUAUGUUGCACGAAAAUACAAGUGCAGGGAACAAACUUUGUGGACGAGCUACCGUCGAACUUGUACAUCGAUACACUACUGCAGAUGGUUGGCAUUAGUACUACGAAAUCUAAACAGCCUGUGACCCCGCCGUCGACACCGGCUGGACUACAGACUGUUGAUUUGUUUGCUGGAGGAAGUCGCUGCAAUCAUUGUCGCUCCAUGUGCGACACUGCUGAUGUCACAACGUGCGAACACUGCAAAUUGAAAUUCUGCAAAGUAUGCUGGUCGCAACAUAUGGAGGACAUGCGGACUCAAAUCGGCUCUAUCUUGAAGCAACUCGACUCUGCUGCUAAUAGACUUGAACAUAAGAUUGAAUAUUAUAAGGAUCGUUGUGAGCGUAUCACAGAACAAAUAAAUAUUGUAGCUGAAGAGAAAAUCAAUGCAAUACUCGAAGCUAAAGAGAAUUUACUGCAAGAGGCGUCAGAGCUUACCAAAGCUGGUGACAUGUCUGCGCUCGCGCUGCAGUCUUCUUUGCAAGAAGCGAAGGAAGUGGCCACUAAAGCAAUGACUGCUAAAGAACCUGUUGAUGAUAAUGAUAAAGUGACGAUAUUUAUAAAUCUCCAUCAAAACGCUCUGCAACUGCUGACGGAGGUGUCCAAAUGGGACGCCAAUCGUUUCGUUUUCGACAAGGAAAACUUCUGCAUAGAAUCGGACGCCGCGACGCCGUUGGAUGCCGAGUCCGACGACCCGCUGCCGGAGGACGCCAAACACAACAACCCAUUAGAGAACGAAGACAGUUUGAUACUUUAUUACAGGUCUCGUAAUUUCACUCCGCACUACGUAUGGCGUAAGACAGCGCGUCCCUGCGGCGUCGGCAUCGGGCCGUGGAGCGAGCACCUCUACAUCUGCGCCACGGACAGCCACAGCGUGCUGGUGGUGGAGCGCGCGCAGGCCCGCACUGUCAGCCGACUCUCCUGCGAUGACAUGCUGUGUCCUGUACACAUCGCCUUCCUCAAGAACUUGGGGGAAAUAUACGUCACAGAUAAAUGGAAGCACUGUAUCCACGUGUUCUCGAAGGAAGGCGAGCACUUGCGGUCUCUGGGGCAGAAAGGCAGUCGCGUGGGACAAUUUCGGUCGCCGGAGGGCAUCGCAACAGACAACGUUCAACAGCUGAUAUACGUCGUCGACACCGGCAAUGAUAGAGUACAGAUCCUCCAACCUGAUGGCAAAUUUGUCGAUCAAAUAGGAGUAGCAACAAAACAGCAAUCGUCUAAUACAGCUAGCGUUUGGGAUACUAAAGAAAUACUAUGCACGGAAUUAAACGCACCUACAGCAGUUGCGAUCUCAAAUGACCGAGUUAUAGUAUUAGACAGUGGGAAUAGACGGGUUAAAGUUUAUAACAAACAGGAUAAAAGCAAAGUAUUGGAGUUCGGUUCUUUAGGUCAAAGGAAAGGGCAAUUUAGACAACCUGAGGUCUUAACUGUUGAUCCAUUGGGUUUCAUUCUGGUGGGAGAUUCAGGUAAUUGUAGGGUCCAGGUAUUCAAACCCAACGGUCAAUUGGUGAGAGUUUUCGGUAGAUUGGGAACCGAGGCGGGUAAAUUCGGAUGGAUAUCAGGUAUCCAUGUUACCAAACAACUGGAUAUCAUUGUUAGUGAUACUAAAAAUCAUAGCGUCAAUUUCUUUUAAAUAAAACCACAAUAAAACGUUAUUAUUUUUAUUUAAAAUAAAAUGUUAUUUA